AUGCUUGGGCGAGACCCCGUCGGGCCCCCGACCUGUUGCGCCAUGGCCUCGUCGACGCCGCAGCCGCCACCGCCCGUGGACGAAAAGUCGCAGUACGCGCACCAACCGUCGCAGCCGUUUGAGCUGAACCUGCAGCACGGCCACAAGGACCUGGUGCAGGCCAUUACAUUCAACACGUACGGCGACCGAUGCGCGACCGGCUCCGUCGACGGCAAGAUUCGCGUCUUUAACCGGCACAAGGACGGCACAUGGCGCAUCUGCGAUACCUGGACGGCCCACGGCGGCGAAGUGCUCGAGCUCCAAUGGCUACCUGCCACCGUGUACCCCAACGUGCUCGCGUCACUCGGCACCGAAGGCUGGUUUCGGCUGUGGGCUGAAGACCCAUCCGCGACACCGGGCCGCCGCUUCUGCGCGGGCCGCACCUCGUCCGGGCGUCCCAUCUUUGACACACGCUCCUCCUCUUCCCGCGGCGGCGGCAGCAGCAGCAGCAGCAGCAGUAACAACAGCACUUACCGCUCCUUUUCCAUGACACACAACGACGAGACCAAGCACACACAUCUAGCGCUGCUGACGACCGAGGGCCGUCUGACGGUGUGGGAGACGGAGCAGCCCGAGGCGCUCAACGAGUACACGAGCAUGGACGAGUUCCUCGUCAUCCCGCAGCGGCCGCAGCGCGGCCAAGAAACCGCAUUCAAGGUCGUCUUUGACCCCAACCCGGAGCCGUGCUACGCGGCGCUGCGCGCCGGCGUGCCGACGGACGCGCUGGGGCUCGCCGUCGCCGCCAUGGACGUGGUCAGGAUAUACCGCUCGCGCGAGGUGGUCGCCGCGAGCUACGGCCUGGACACGCCCAAGAAGGAGUUUUACCUCGCCGCCGAGGUCACCGGCCACAGGGGCCUCGUGCGGGAUAUCGCCUGGGCGCCGGGCAACAUUCGCGGCUACGACAUGAUUGCGACGGCGUGCCAGGACGGCUACGCGCGCGUCUUUCGCGUCGACACCCCGCUCGACAGCAGCAGCAGCACCAGCAGCAGCACCAGCACCCCAAACGGCCACGGUUCCUGGGCCGCCAGCACGCUCAUCACGCCGGAAAAGUCUCUGCAGCAGCACCGCGCCGCCGUCGCCUCCCUCGGAUCCGCCUCCCCCAGCACCAAAGACGACGACGGUGGCAGCGGCAUCAGCAGCGCCCACCCUCAUCCUCAUCCUCACCCUCACCCUCACCACCAUCACCAUCACCAUCCGUCGAGUCUUAGCGCGAGCCUGGCCAGCAAAGCCGCGAGCGGUAGCAGCAGCGGUGCCGGUGCCGGUGGCGGGGGCGGGGGCGCGGACUCGCGGCUACGGACGAUUCAGCCGGGGCAGCCGGGGGCGGUGACGCACACGGCGCGCGAGAUUUCGCGGCUCGAUAAUAGCCGGACGCCGGUGUGGCGCGUGGGAUUCGACGACGAUGGGCAGAUUUUGGGGACGACGGGCGACGACGGCAAGUUGCUGUGCUAUAGGCAGACGCCGGACGGGAGCUGGGCCAAGAGCUCCGAGAUGAUGAUGAUGAAGACGCGAAUGGCGGCGCCGUGA